CCCGCUGACGCACAGGAAAGCCGGGAGGCAGCGCGCAGAAUAAAGCGCGCGGCAGGCGGGGGCCGUCAGCCAGCCGCCCGGCGGAGCUCAGCCUGCGCGCCUCGCCACCCGCGGAGCCUGCCUGGGGGCGCCCCUCGGACAGUAUGUCUCAGUGGAGUCAAGUCCAGCAGUUGGAAAUAAAGUUUUUGGAGCAGGUAGACCAGUUCUAUGAUGAUAACUUUCCCAUGGAAGUCCGACAUCUACUAGCACAGUGGAUAGAAAGCCAAGAUUGGGAGGUCGCUUCCAACAAUGAACCAAUGGCAACAAUCCUCUUACAGAACUUGUUAAUACAAUUGGAUGAACAGUUAGACCGUGUUUCUCAAGAAAAGAACCUCCUGUUGAUACACAACCUGAAAAGAAUCAGGAAACUUCUUCAGGGAAAAUAUCAUGGUAAUCCUAUGCACAUAGCAGUUAUUAUUUCAAACUGCUUAAGAGAAGAGAGAAGGAUAUUGGCUGCAGCCAGCAUGCCUGUACAGGGACCACUGGAAAAACAAUUGCAGAAUUCCAUAGUUUCAGAAAGACAAAGAAGUGUGGAGCACAAAGUGUCAGCCAUUAAGAACAGUGCCCAGAUGACAGAACAAGAUGUCAAAUACUUAGAAGAUUUGCAAGAGGAGUUUGACUUCAGGUAUAAAACAAUACAGAGCCUAGAGCAGGGUGACAAAAACAGCGUCCUGAUGAAACAGGAAAUGAUGAUGUUGCAGGAAAUGCUCAAUACCUUAGACUACAAAAGAAAGGAAGUCCUUAGUAAAAUGGCACAAGUAAUAAAUGAAAGUGAUGUCUUGAUGAACAACAUGCUGCUUGAAGAGCUUCUAGAUUGGAAGAGGCGCCAGCAAAUUGCCUGCAUUGGAGGUCCUCUACAUAGUGGGCUUGAUCAGCUCCAGAACUGUUUUACACUGCUGGCAGAGAGCCUAUUUCAAGUAAGAAGGCAACUGGAAAAAUUGGAUGAGCUGUUGACUAAACUGACUUAUGACGGAGAUCCUAUUCUACUGCAAAGGCCUCACCUGUUGGAAAGAGUCAACUUCUUGCUCUACAAUCUUUUCCGAAGUUCAUUUGUGAUUGAAAGGCAGCCCUGCAUGCCCACCCAUCCCCAGAGGCCAAUGGUACUUAAAACCUUAAUACAGUUCACUGUUAAACUAAGGCUGCUAAUUAAAUUGCCAGAGCUGAACUACCAGAUCAGAGUGAAAGCAACUAUUGACAAGAAUGUGUCAACUGUAAGUAAUCGCAGAUUUGUUCUAUGUGGCACUCAUGUCAAAGCUAUGAAUAUGGAUGAAUCUGCAAAUGGAAGUCUGUCUGUAGAAUUUAGACAUUUGCAACCCAAAGAAAUGAAAUCAAGUGCUGGAAGCAAAGGAAAUGAGGGCCCUCAGAUGGUAACUGAAGAGCUGCACUCCAUCAGCUUUGAAACACAGGUCUCCCUGUAUGGUCUGACUAUAGAUUUGGAGACAAGCUCUUUGCCUGUAGUGAUGAUUUCCAAUGUCAGUCAGUUACCUAAUGCUUGGGCUUCUAUUAUUUGGUACAACUUGUUGUCAAAGGAUUCUCAGAACCUGGCUUUCUUUAACAAUCCCCCCACAGCCACUCUGAGUCAACUCUUAGAAGUACUGAGCUGGCAGUUUUCAUCUUAUGUUGGUCGUGGACUCAAUUCUGAGCAGCUCAAUAUGCUGGCAGAGAAACUUAUGGGGCAACAGAUUAGUUACAAUGAUUAUCAACUGUCCUGGGCAAAGUUCUGCAAGGAACAUUUAUCUGGAAAGUCAUUUACCUUUUGGGUAUGGCUCGAAGCAAUACUGGACCUAAUUAAAAAACACAUUCUUCCUCUUUGGAUUGACGGGUAUAUAAUGGGAUUUGUGAGCAAGGAGAAGGAACGAGUUUUGCUCAGGGACAAAAUGCCUGGAACGUUUUUAUUAAGGUUUAGUGAAAGCAAUCUGGGAGGAAUUACCUUUACCUGGGUGGACCAGUCAGAAAAUGGAGAAGUAAGGUUCCACUCAGUGGAACCCUAUAAUAAAGGUCGUUUAACUGCGCUGCCAUUUGCUGACAUUUUGCGAGAUUACAAAGUUAUUUUGGCAGACAAUGUUCCUGAAAAUCCACUGAAAUAUCUGUAUCCAGAUAUUCCCAAAGAUAAAGCCUUUGGCAAAUACUACAGCUGUCAGCCAAAUGAAGUCUCAAGACCUACAGAAGGAGGGGUCAAAGGUUAUGUGCCUGCUGUAUUUAUCCCAAUCUCCAAAAUAUCCACAUUCUCCAUCAGAUCUUCUUCCCAUGUCUCCAAGUGUUUAUGCUGUGCUGAGAGAACACCUGAGUCCCACAGUGAUUGAAACUGCUGUAUGUUGCAAGUUUUUUCAUUCAUAAUUUACUACUAAGCAAAUGGGGUCUACUUUGUGGAGAGAAAGAGUUACCAGUGGAGAGAAAGGCUUCUUUUGCAGUGCAAAAGGGUGAGAGUACAGUUGUAACCAUUAAAAAGUCAGCACUUGCCUUCAGUUCCCAUACAGUGCUAUGGGAGAUAACCCAGUUCUUUCCUAUUCUAAAUGCAGUAGAAUUCUUCAGUAUGGUAGGAAAUGUCUUUUUCAUGGUGACCAUUGUACUAUGAACUUUAUAUCUUAGAACUUCGCAAUGCAAGGAUCUCAAAAGUCCAUGCAAGGAUCUCAAAAUUCUGUACACACAUUAAUUAAGCUUCAACACCCAGAACUGUAUGUAAGUAUUAUACCGAUUUUACAGAUAACACAGAGGGCUUGAUUCACCCAUUGCCAUGCAUUUUAUGAAGUUGCCAUUUCUGAUGUGGUAGCAUUUUACAGACACUUUGCACUAAUGAAAAUGACUACUCCAGCUGCACGUGUAGAUGGGUCUGUCUCAGAGAUGUUAAAGGUGAACUGAAAUGUCUUAACUAAACAAAUACAAAACAUUCAUUAAAAGUUCAUGGAGAGACUUAAAAGUUACAUUACAAAUGUAUUUAUUUAUUUUAAAAUCAUUUUCUAUUUUACUUGCCUGCUAAGAACGGCAUUCAGAGUUCUCUGCAGAACAUGAGGCAGCUCAGCCUCACAAGUUGCACCCAAAGCAGGACAGGUUCUUGCAUUUCUUACCCGGGUUUAAAUAUCUGGGGACCGAAGCUGGGCUGGUGUGAUUUGAAGCUCUCCUGUCACCAUCAGCAUAGAGCAGCUUCACUAAAGCGCUACAGCAGCGCAGCUGCGGCGCUGUACGUGAAGACAAGCACUCAGUAUGUGGCAAGAGGGAACUUUUAGUGUACAGUAGCAGAGUCCGUGUGGCGAGUUAGUGCACAGCAAGUUAGUGUGCUGUCUAUCCACUUCUCAGCUUGCCACAUACAAAGUCUCCAGGUAAACAAGCCCCUAAUUUCCCCAGAGUGUGAUUGGGGGUGUGCGUGGGGCAUCUCUCUCUGUAUAGUUCUAGGGUCUGAACCUAAACUACCAGACAAUGCCUCUUUAAGAGGCUAGGGUGCGGAACCAUUACAUAAGUCAGGGCUUAGUUUGCACUGUGAUUGUGUGUUUGUCACUGGAAAUAAUUUGAGCAAACUGUGGCUUGUUUAGUUUUGUUUUUCAAUAUGCAGCAAUAAUUGCCUUAAAGCUGAUGUUUUCAUUCCUCUCUUCUAGCUGAGUUCUCCAUAUUCAGCUGACUGAAAUUCAGACACCAUGAAGAACAACAAAGCAGCCAAAAUACUUUAUAAAAUGAAAGUUAAAAAAAAGAAGUUGUUUCUGCAGCUUUGUAAAUAAGGGUUUCCUGGAAGCCAAUGCCAUGUUCUUCUUGGGCCUAUGUGUACUUUCAAAUGCAUGGAAAUCAGAAGCCUCCCAAGGGAAGUCACUGGAGUUACAAACAUCUGGCAUCAUUUGGGGCCUGCCACUGAAGUCCUCACUCAAGGCAAUAUUACCUCUUAACUCAAUGGGCCAAAUCCUUCCCUGGUGUGCAACUCCAUUGACUUCCGUGGCGUUACACUAGGUAUGAAUUUAGCCCAGUGGGCCUGCUUAUGGAAAUAAGGACUGCAGUAUUGCUGUAAAACAAGACUUACUGUAGGAUGGAGAUGUUCUGUUCAUGGAACAUUUUGAAAGCAAGACCUUAGAAUAACUACAGGGAUUUAAGAUGUGUUCAGAAAAUCAGGAUUUAUGCUGUACAUUUCGUGUUCUGUUUUUAUAAUGUCUAUUUCUUUGCUUUUAUUUUAAAUUAAAGGUUCUCAUCCAUCCCUUCAUUACACUGACCGUAGGUGCCAGGAGUCAGCUUUUCCUGCCAUGAACUGCUUUCAGUACAAAGGGACAGAUUUUAUCUUCCUCCAGUAAAAUCCAUGGAAGGGAAGAGGGAGGAGAAGGGAAUAAUGGAAAUAGAAGAGUUCUCUAGAAACUUUAGAGCAGGGGUGGGUAGUAAAUUAGUUUUUGCUACGGUAUAAAUUUCUCGGUCAAGGUCCAGACUCCAGAGAAAAUAAUAAAAAUAAUAGCAAUAAUAAGUAAAUAAAAAGAUUUCGGGGUCCGUUUAAAAGUAUCUGGCGGUCUGGAUUUGGCCCGCGGGCCAUCUGUUGGUUACCCCUGCUUUAGAGGCACUACACUUCAAAGGUCACUAAAUUUCUGUGCCUCCAUUCCGCAUCUGUAACAGGGUUAAUAAAAUCUCUGUGUCUUGCAGGACAGUUGUGAGGGUAAAUUUAUUCAUGGUUGUGAGGCACUGUGAUGAGUACUUCAGAAAAGCCCAUAAAGAAACAGUCCUUAUUCAGUGCAGGGUUUAGAUGAUGUGCCAUAAUCGAGGCCUUAGGGACACACUGAAUGAUAAAACGGAGACCAAAGAGCUGCUUCAUUUGCUGAGUACCGUCAAACAUGCACCUCGUCAUAGUGCAAAGUUACAAAGAGCUAAAUUGCCUCAGGUACAGAUGUAAAUACGCAGAAUAACUGGUUCUUAACAUAAAAGGUCAUUUGCCUUUUUAAAGCAGCCAUGUUACUGUUAGUCAUGACAGUCGGUCUUUUCUCAGAAUUACCCAUGACAAAUUAACUGUUUUAGAAUAACAAACACUGACAAUUUACAAAAGAUAGAUAUCCAAGUUCUGCCUGCGAAGUAUGCAGUCUGGAGCAUACUUAAUUGUGCAAGCAAAAUAUGCAUUUGUACAAGCAAAGGGUGAGGUACAACAUCGGUCUGGUCUAUACUAGAAAUUAGAUCAGUUUAACUAUAUCAGUCAGGAGUAUGAAAAAUCCACAACCCGAGUGGCGUUGUUAAGCCAACCUAAGUCCUCAUGUAGACAGCACUCUGUCAAUGGAAGAAUUCUUCUGUUAACCUAACUACUGCCUCUCAAGAAGGUGGAUUACCUAUGCCCGUAGGAGAACCCCUUUCAUGAGUGUAGGUAGUGUCUACGGUGAAGCGCUACAACUGCACAGAGAAAAGGAGUACUUGUGGCAUCUUAGAGACUAACCAAUUUAUUUGAGCAUAAGCUUUCGUGAGCUACAGCUCACUUCAUCGGAUGCGUACUGUGGAAAGUGUAGAAGAUCUUUUUAUACACACAAAGCAUGAAAAAAUACCUCCUCCCACCCCACUCUCCUGCUGGUAAUAGCUUAUCUAAAGUGAUCACUCUCCUUACAAUGUGUAUGAUAAUCAAGUUGGGCCAUUUCCAGCACAAAUCCAGGGUUUAACAAGAACGUCUGGGGGGGGUAGGAAAAAACAGGGGGAAAUAGGUUACCUUGCAUAAUGACUUAGCCACUCCCAGUCUCUAUUCAAGCCUAAAUUAAUUGUAUCCAAUUUGCAAAUGAAUUCCAAUUCAGCAGUCUCUCGCUGGAGUCUGGAUUUGAAGUUCUUCUGUUGUAAUAUCGCAACUUUCAUGUCUGUAAUCGCGUGACCAGAGAGAUUGAAGUGUUCUCCGACUGGUUUAUGAAUGUUGUAAUUCUUGACAUCUGAUUUGUGUCCAUUUAUUCUUUUACGUAGAGACUGUCCAGUUUGACCAAUGUACAUGGCAGAGGGGCAUUGCUGGCACAUGAUGGCAUAUAUCACAUUGGUGGAUGUGCAGGUGAACGAGCCUCUGAUAGUGUGGCUGAUGUUAUUAGGCCCUGUGAUGGAGUCCCCUGAAUAGAUAUGUGGGCACAGUUGGCAACGGGCUUUGUUGCAAGGAUAGGUUCCUGGGUUAGUGGUUCUGUUGUGUGGUAUGUGUUUGCUGGUGAAUAUUUGCUUCAGGUUGGGGGGCUGUCUGUAGGCAAGGACUGGCCUGUCUCCCUAGAUUUGUGAGAGUGAUGGGUCGUCCUUCAGGAUAGGUUGUAGAUCCUUAAUAAUGCGUUGGAGGGGUUUUAGUUUGGGGCUGAAGGUGACGGCUUGUGGCGUUCUGUUAUUUUCUUUGUUAGGCCUGUCGUGUAGUAGGUGACUUCUGGGAACUCUUCUGGCUCUAUCAAUCUGUUUCUUCACUUCCGCAGGUGGGUAUUGUAGUUGCACAGCUGUGCCACUAGAGUAUUUUAAGUGUAGGCAAGCCCUUAAGCACCUGAGAUGAAAUCCAGGCCCCACAGAAGACAAUGAGGUUCGUUAUUGACUUCAGUGAGGCCAGGAUUUCAUGCCUACUCCCCCCAACCCCCACCAAAAAAGAGUGACCCUCAACAUUUACCAUACCAUUUUGUUAGGCACCUCCGAAGGAAUCUUACUAAGGCCUUUUGUGGGCCAUCGCUGGAGGCUCUCACAUUUAAAUUGAUAAUGUAUCUGGGACCUGAAAGUAAAACAAUACCAAUGUAUUACCUUUGGUGGCCCUGUUUUAGCUCUUAGCCUAGUGGCUUGGCUGAUAGCUGAUAGUACUAUAACAUUAAAUUGAAAAGUUCUAGAGAAGUUCUAGAACAAUCUUAGGAUUCUUGCUCCUCUGGUCAUGAGAAGUAGGGGUCAGUGCACACAGCCACUAUGAGCACCUCCAAGAAGCAGCAUAGGGAAAAAUCCACUGGGGCAGGGAUAUAAGGUCAGAGUAGAUGGUUAGAAGCGGAAUAAGCAGUAGGGAGUCCAGAUCUUCCCCACUACUAUUGUCCUCAGUUGUAAACUGUUGAGAAAGCAAAGGGAGGGAGAGCCCCAAUGAUCUGCUUCAACUGGCAUCUCCUUGUUGUGCAAAUGGAGUAUGUUUAAAAUAAAUGAAUACAUUUUUUUCCGCUGUCUAGUCUGAAUGAUUUGUACAUAGUCAGGGGGAUGUAGUCAAACUUUGAAAAACAAAUGACCGUAAGUAAUUCUCCGGAAUUACACAUAAUAGCACAGAGCUGAUAUUAAACCGUGUAUAUAGUUUGAUAAUCUCUGUAAUUUAUAUGACUAAUAGAAAUAAAAAUAGAUUUUGUUUUGCUGUUG